AGUCACAGCGCGAGCGCCACUCCGGGCCGCUGGACACCUGUUGCCAAGGAAACUGAAACGGGCGGGAAAAUUACCAGUUAAUGACCUGAAAAAGCUGCUAAGGACUGUCAGUCAUGUCGUCUCCUGUGCUGCUGAACCUGCUGCGCUGCGGCCGCUUCUCCAUGUGCAGACAAGCCCUCUUCGCUCUGGAAGCCUCCACACAGUCUGGGCAGGCUGGUGGACCGUUGUUGGGGCUGGUGGGUGUUCGGCGGGCCAGCGGGUCGAUCAGGUUCGACAGUGAUUGCAGUGGCCAGCCAGUGACCUGGGACUCGUUUGGUAUUUGGGAUAACCGGAUAGAAGAACCAAUAUUACUGCCUUCCAGUAUCCGCUAUGGAAAACCUAUUCCACAGAUCAGCCUGUCUCGGGUCGGCAGUGCGUCGGUUUUGGGUCUCCGGAAGCAGAAUGAGGACAGACUCCGUAUCGCCCGUAUCCAUGACAACCUGCUGUACUUCGCCGUUUUUGAUGGUCAUGGCGGCCCACACGCUGCCGACUACUGCUGCACCUUCAUGGAGAAAUUCAUCAGAGACGCUUUGGAAGAGGAAGAUGAUCUGCAGAAAGUUUUAAAGAAAGCUUUCUUAGAAGCUGAUAAUGCUUUACACACACACCUGAGCUACUUCAACAACGACUCAGUUCUGAGGUCAGGUACAACAGCAACAGUUGCUCUGCUACAUGACGGCAUUGAGCUGGUGGUUGCCAGCGUUGGUGACAGUCGGGCGUUGCUGUGCAGGAAGGGACAUGCCAAGAAGCUCACCAAAGACCAUACACCAGACCGCAAAGACGAGAGGAAACGGAUCCAGAAGUUUGGUGGUUUCCUGUCGUGGAACAGCGUCGGCCAGGCAAACGUUAACGGGCGGCUCGCCAUGACGCGCAGCAUCGGAGACUUCCACCUGAAAUCCAGCGGCGUCAUCGCAGAGCCAGAAACACAUCGUCUCUCCGUCCAACAUGCCAAUGACUCCUUCCUGGCUUUGACCACAGAUGGUAUCAACUUCCUGUUGAGUGACCAGGAGAUCUGUGAUGUCAUCAAUCAGUGCCAAGACCCGACUGAAGCAGCAGAGAUCAUCUCUCAGCAGAGGGACACUAAAUCCUUCUAUGGUGCAAAGCCACGCACUCUUCUCGCCCUUGUACCAGAAAAUCCUUAAGAAUCUGAUUGUCAUCUAAGUGAUGAUGACCAAGUAGACGAUCCUGAUUAUCAGCCCACACAAGCAGAUGAUACUGGAGACAGCUCUUCUGAAUCCCUGGAUGAAGAGGAGGCUCCCUGAAAAAGCAGAUCUUCUACACAGCCACCUCGUAAAAGGAGCCGGAAAGGGAAACACACACUAAAAACUGUUCCCUUGGAGCAGCCAAAUGACAAUGCCGACCCAAGUUACACCCCAGGCCCCAACAAAAGCACAAGAAGAAUCUGGAAGCAGGAAGACAUUGAUGAGUUCCAGGUUCUUAAUUCAAGAUUUGAACCCCUUGAAGCUGUGCCCUCACCCUUCCAGUAUUUCAAAAUGCUCUUCACUGAUGAGAUGAUUGAAUAUAUCGCACAUCACACCAAUUUGUACUCUGCUCAAGAGUUGGGGGACCCAAUCAAGACUAGUCCUGAAAAGAUAGAGCAUUUCCUAGUGAUCCUUCUUUUUAUGGGUGUUUUCAAUUUCCCAUCACUGGAGGACUACUGGCACCAUGAAUCACACUUCGACCUGAUCACUGACAUCAUGCCAAGGAGGAGAUUCCAGCUGUUACGGCGAUACAUUCAUUUAUGAGGGAAAUGUAGUCUGUGUCCAAAAGGAGUGUCCAGGUGGAAAUGUGAGAAAUGUAAUGUCUUCCUGUGUUUGAAUGCAAACCAGGAAUGCUUUAAGUUAUAUCACCAGAGGUAAAGUGCAUCUAAUGCACAAAAAGAAUGCUGUUUUGCAAACACAUAGAUAAGGUUGGAAAUGUGAUGUUUUAAUAUGUUUGGUAAUGUUUUUUCUGUGUUUGCCAUGUUUUUUCAAAGUUUAAAUGAAAACAAGUAACACUAGUUCAGUCAAUCCUCCAGAUACGUGACACUUGUGUCCCAAAAUACAUGCUGUUGCACCAAAACAGAAAAGGUGUGCUGAGAUAUAAAAGCAACAAAUGUUUCUAUUGUUCUGCAGUAUUUUCUUUUCCUUUUUGAAUGUAAAAAUGAAUAUUUUGCACUGUUACCUAUAAUCAGAAGUGGAUUGAAUGUGAGAAUUUUGUGCUGUUGCACUUUAAUACAGAUACAGUCAAGAUGGGAAGAUUAAAAAUGCAAUAUUCCCUUGUUCGACGCAAUAUUUUCCUUGGUUGAAAUUAAAACCAGUGUUUUGUGGCAUUUUGACAGAAAUAAACUGUAUCCAAUGCCCCA